UGAGCCGACGCCUUCAUGUUGCAGGCCUGCUCACAACUCGGGACCGACUAGACAGGACAUCACGACAUCUACCACAUCGCCCUUUGCGCUGCUCAGUACGUUAAGCAGCCCGAGUCCUCCUCCUUGAGUUCCUCUGCCGCCUGGUUCGCCAGCUGAUGGCAGGCUCAAGUAACGUCUUUCUCAGCGGUCCUGAACAGAAGCUUAUACACCUCUUCGGCCUCCUGGUCAUUAUCGACCGGUGCGAUCACACCCUGAAGCAUCACCACUUCCACUGCUUCUAUUCCCGCUUCGUUCUCCUGACCCACGCCCCUGCCGCUGGCUUCCUCCUAUACAAGCUAUUCAAACUAUUCAAGCCGGCAUAAUGUCACACGUAGUUGUAUAUAACUCGUCUGCGAAGACGGUGAGGAUUCCUACGAAUCCCACAAAGUACCUUACAGAGGUGCGCGACGAAGCUUGCCAGAAGUUCAAGGUCAGCAAUGAUCAAUUCACCUUGAAGUAUAACAACAAGCCGAUAUCGCUACAUCAGCAGAUACGGCUUGCGAAUCUGCCUCAGGGUGCGCGGUUGGAGCUCGUACAGGCUUCUAAAUCGCCAACCGUCAUCUCGGUCGCUCUUCAGCUCCCCGAAUCAGAAAAGAAUGUACGACUGACGCAAAAGUUCGCAAGCAAUACAACGUUAUGGGAGAUACUACGGCAGUUUGAGAGCAUGGAAGGUGGCCCCAUAUACAACUUCACCCAGCGCGGUGUUCCGGCAUUGAGUUCGGGUGGAACUUCUGGCGCUGGCCGUUUGAACUACGAGAUGCCCGUAAUCACCGUCAUGCCCGGCCAUAGGGAACAGUCAACAUUUGUUGGUCUGCAACAGACGCUGGGUCAGCUUGGCUUCGACAGCGGUUCCGCUCUGCUGAGGCUGAGCUUUAAGAAUAGUGGAAGACCGUUGGAGGAGGUUAUGACAGAGAUAUCGCAGUACUUCAAGAGCUCGGAACCUGCUGCUCCCGGCGCGCAUGCCGCAGACACAGCUCAAGCCAGUACCGCCCCGGACCCCGACCAAGCUGCACCUGAAGCUACACAGACCGUAGCUGGGGAAAGCAUAAGGAGUGAGGAGCCCGAACCUGAACUGAUGGAUAUGGAUCACGGGGACAGUAAAACAAUCACGACUCCUUCCCUCGGCGAAACUGUUGCUAUUGAAAACACUCAACCCGCACCCUCUUCCCCUCCGGAUCCUAAACCCUCCACUGCAGACUCAACUGUCCCACCGGCUGGUAUGGGCCGGAACGUCAAAAUCUACGCUGCUCCCACGUCGUCUACCCCGCAAGCUGCCCGAGGUGCCUUCGACGAAGGCGACUAUAUCCCCACCAUCGAACACGCCAAAUCCCACCAAGCUGCCCUGCAAGCCCGAACCAAAAACCAACGUCUCCUGUCCGACAAAGAAAUCGCUGAUCAGGAGGCGGCUCGCCAGGAAAAGCUGCUGGCAGCAGCGGAGAAGGGAAGCUCAGUACGCAUCCGCUUUCCCGAUCAGAUGAUUAUCCAGACGUCCAUGAACAAAGAGGAUACCGCAGAGUCGCUGUACAGCUUCGUAGAGGGAUUCUUGCAGCACAAGGAACCGUUCCAACUGAAAUACUUUAGUCCCAUAAAUGGACGUCAAGUCCUCAUUGCACGGGACCAGAAGCGCUUGAUUCAGGAUCUUCGAUUCUCCGCGGCAGAGCUUAUCACGUUCUUGUGGGACGAGAAGGCGUCGACUGAGGCGCGGCUGUCGCGGAAGACUCUGGCGAAGGAAUGGCAGGAUAAGGCGGAGACGUUGAGGGUGGAGGAGCCGGUGGUGGAAGCACCGCCUGCGCUGGCUCAAGCUGAAAGUAGCAAGGCGCAACAAAAGAAGAAAUCCGAGACUAGUAGCGAGGACAAGGAGAGUAAACUGAAGAAUAUCCUUAACAAGGGUUUGUUCAAGAAGCGGUAGGUUACGCAUCAGGGGAAGUGUUUCCUCACUACAGGUAUCGCCCUCUGAGGCAAAUGCUGCCAUGUAUAGUUGGAAGGGUAUCGAGGGCGGGAUCAGCAUAUAAUCUAGUGCAUGCUGGAAGACAUUUGUCCCAGCAUGGUAAAGCAGUUCAAAUGUGCGAAUGGGUGCUGUAAAUGCAAGCAUAUGAUGAUACGCUGAACGAC